CAUUGUUUUGCUCUAUCGUCGCAACCAGAGUUGACAAUAGCACAAGUCACCAACGUUGCUUGUCUGUUAGCAUGUUAUCUCCAUCCAAGUGUCUGUUGCUUCUCUUUGUCUGUAUCCAGCAGGCGAGUGGAUUUGUUGCUGUUGCUGCGACCAACAACGAAAAGCAGCAUGGGAAUCUUUCCGUCGAACAAUCCCCGGGACGCCCACGGCCAAUAUUAGUACCAGGCAGCAGAUUGUCAAUGGCUGAUGCAGACGAUGCCAAAGCCGAGGAAACUGCAGGAGAAGGAGAAGAGGAAGAAGAAGAACAGAUUGCACAAUCUACCAUUAAAAUCGAUGAUGGAGGAUCUGAUUUGACGGAUCGAUUCAAGUACAAGGUCAAUGCAUUGAUGGGAGUAUUUGACCCCCAGGGGGAUGACGACGAACGUCAAGAUGGAAACAUUUUGAAUGCCAUGCUCACAUUUCCAAUACAGUACAGUUUCAAUAUUGUGGGCAAGACGAGUGACGAUACGGCAGAAGCAUUUGUGCAACAAGUCAAGGACGCCGUCAUGGAAACCACGGGAGAUGAGGAUGGAAUGCAAUGUCAAAUCACACCACGCGGCAAAAAUUAUACCAAAGUGACGGUCCAAGCCACCGUUCAAAGUGCCGCCAUGAUCUCGGGGGUUUACAAGGCUCUCGAAGGGUUGGAAAUGACAGUCAUGAGGUUUUAACAAAGACGUGAUUUAUAAAAUUGAAACAUAAUUGCAUCCACCAAGAGGGGGUGUACUGAGUGGAGGACACGGCAGCAAUCUACAGGUCGGGAAAAGAGGAUAUGGUAAGAAAGCAAUGGAUGCAAGGAAUGAAGCCUUCAAAUAAAUGAUACCUUUCUCAGACUGUGGGAAACAUCGAUUCCACAGUCAAUGACCCAAACUCUUCAACCUGCCUUAUCAUGAUGGGAGGGCCAAGCUGAGGCGACUGGAGCAAUGGCUCAUAAUAAUGCCACGGAGGCAGGUUGGUUGCAGCACGGUACCGGUACAGUCGCCAUCGUUCAGAGGCACCUAUCAUAGAUAAAACAGUGCAAUCCCAUCCAUUAUACUGCUCAUGUAGGAAGUUCCUAGCAUUUUUAAGCUUUUCACAGGUUGGUGACUUGACUGGACAGCUUGCUAGUUACUGGUGCUAAAGGGAACAUCCUGGGGUAUCCUGAUGAAGCGGAAAUCAAUACCAGCAAUAGCUACCAACAUAAC